CUACUCCUCUUCGCACCAUAAUCACCACAUCGAUCCAAUGGAACAAACCCAGUUGACAAAGAGAAUUGCUGUAGUAACUGGAUCCAAUAAAGGAAUUGGGCUAGAGAUAUGCAGACAACUAGCUUCUAAUGGGGUUACGGUGAUAGUAACAGCAAGAGAUGAGAAUCGAGGUCUUGAAGCCGUACAAAAUCUCAAAGCUUCUGGACUAUCUGAUGUACUUUUCCAUCAUCUUGAUGUGACGAAUCAAACUAGUAUUGCUUCCUUGGUUGAGUUCAUCAAAACCAAAUUCGAGAAGCUUGACAUAUUGAUAAAUAACGCAGGUGUUGCUGGAACUGAAGUUGAUCCGGAAGAUCAGAGCAGCGUAGAAUAUGACAUGGAUGUUAUUUUCGGUCCAAAUGCUAAAAAGAGCAAAAUUUUCAAGCAAACUUUCGAGAGCGCAGAAGCUUGUCUGAGAACAAACUAUUAUGCAGUAAAGCUUUUGACGGAAGAACUUAUCCCACUUCUUCAACUAUCAGACUCUCCCAAAAUAGUUAAUGUUUCUUCCACCAUGGGAAAAUUGCAGUUUGUUUCAAACGAAAAGGCUAAGAAAAUCCUAAGCCAAAUUGAGAGCCUCACAGUAGAGAAGGUGGAUGAGCUAGUUAAGUGGUUUCAUGAGGAUUGCAGAGAGGAUUUGCUGGAAGCAAAAGGAUGGCCUAUCAACUUUUCUGCUUACAUAGUGUCCAAAGCUGCUCUCAAUGGCUACACAAGGGUUAUGGCAAAGAAUUAUCCUAAAAUCGCCAUAAAUGCAGUGUGCCCUGGUUCUGUGAAAACGGACAUCAACUAUAACAAGGGAAUCUGUACGGUUGAACAAGGUGCAAAAGGGCCUGUGAUGCUGGCUUUGAUGCCUUAUGGUGGGCACUCUGGCUUGUUUUAUGUUCAGACGGAAGAAUCGAACUUUUGAAUUAAGGAACCCAAUUGAGCUCAGGAGAGGUUUUAUAUAUUCACUUUUGUGUAUCAAGAGAGGAAAGAAUAAAGCUUGUAGCUACUCAUCUAUGUAAUACUUCCUCUGUUUUUUCUAUUGUUAA